AUGCACCUUUUGCACACUACAACCAAAAAACUAGAGGAAUUUGUAAAUCCUCCAGACUAUGCGAUCCUCUCGCAUCGGUGGCGCGAGGAAGAAGUCCUAUUCGCAGAUAUCCAUCAGGAGCAUGCGAAAGGCAUGAAAGGCUAUGCCAAAAUAGAGGGAUGCUGUGAACAGGCACGGCGUGAUGGGUAUCAGUACGCCUGGAUUGAUACCUGCUGCAUCGACAAAAACAGCAGCGCAGCGCUUGCAGAAGGAAUCAACUCCAUGUUUGCGUGGUAUGAGAACGCACAAGUGUGCUACGUCUACCUAGACGAUGUUACCGACAACGGGGACUCGGAAACUGAGCCCGCAUUUGCGAAAAGCGAGUGGUUCACCAGGGGGUGGACUCUGCAAGAGCUCAUCGCGCCCACGAGCUUAUUCUUCUUCGACAGCCGCUGGAGGGAGAUUGGGAGUAAGAACAGCUUAGCUGGGCUUCUCUCGUCCAUCACGAGAGUGCAUGCCAACGUAUUGACUCGCGUAAAUGCCGGUUCAGACAAGCUGGUCGCGACUAGAGAAUCCUUCAGUGUCGCAACCAAGAUGUCAUGGGCUGCUGGGAGGAAGACAACUAGAACAGAAGAUAGAGCCUACUCCCUCAUGGGAAUAUUCAAGGUCCACAUGCCUGUCAUCUACGGAGAGGGGGAGAAAAAGGCUUUCUUUAGACUGCAACUGGAGAUCAUUCGUACUUCGCAUGACCAGAGCAUUUUUGCAUGG